UGCGCAACAAGAAGUCGAAACAAACCUGCUGAGGUGGUUCAUGGCGGAAAACGCACAAUAAAAACACUCAGCUAACUUUUGUCAUGGCGCAGAAAUGAUGGAGCAGACCGAAGAGGCUCCUUCCUUAAUAAACACAGAGGAAGAGAGCUGCGGGAAAGACAAAGUGUGGUGUUUGCAGCGCGUGGGGAGAGAUUGUGACUGGCUGCUUUUGCACGAGGACUCGGAGGUGUCUGUUGGUCGUGGAUUAAAUGUGAGCCAUCAGAUUCUGUCAGCAUGCUGUCCUCUCAUGAUCUCCAGGAAUCACUGUAUGUUUAAACAGAAUGACGACAGACAGUGGACAGUGACGGAUAAUAAGAGUCUGAAUGGUGUGUGGGUAAAUGGAACUCGCAUUGCUCCGGGACAGCCCUUUUUACUCCGGCAGGGUGAUUCGGUGAGACUCGGGGUCCCUCUGGAUGGCAACCCUGUAGAGUUCGAUUACCAUCUUGUCCAGCGCCCUUUCAGUGAAGUAAAGCCGUUCCUGUCUGGAAAUCCCUCCAAAGAAUCCAGUUCUACCCCCUCAGGCCUGAAACUCAAAAUCUCGAAGCGGAAGUUUGACGGAGACGAGUCGGAAUCUUGCCCCACGCAGCAUUCCAAAUCCAAGCUGUACCGGUGCUCUUGGCCGGAUAAGUCGCGUGCCCAGCCCUGUCCGUCUGUGGAACGUAGAGACACUGAGAAAUGCUCCUCUAGGAUUUCAAAUGAAGACCGAUCCCGUGAUAAAGCUGGAAGUUCUCAAGGAUGCAAGGAAAGCAGUCAGCAGCUGGCUUCUGUACAUCAGUACAAGAAGAACCUCAUGGCGCUGAAGGGCCGUGUGGGGGAAACGCAGAAGCGCGCGGCUGAGCUGGAGAGCCAGCAGCGGGAGACACCGGGACGAGAGCGGGAGAUGCAGGAAUUGCAGGGGCAGCUGGAGAUGUUGCGGGGUCAGCUGAAAGCCCAGCAAGAGCAAGCGCUUAAACGCAUGGAGCGCUUGGAGAAAUCUUUCUGUGAGGAGGAGCGACGUCUGGAGUUUGAGAAAGCACAACAGAAUGAGGAGGGCUUGAAAAAACAACUCGAAGAAGCUUUGAAUGAGCACCGGAAUGUUAUAGAUGAGCUCAAACACGCUCGAGAAGGAUUCAAAGAGGUUCUGCAGGCUAAAGACAAAGAGCUGGAAGUAACAAAAGAGGAGAAAGAGAAGGCCAAAGCCCAGAAGGAUGAAGUGGUCACACAGAUGACAGAAGUGCUGGAGAGUGAACUACAGUGCAGUAUCUGUUCAGAGCUCUUCAUUGAGUCCGUGACGCUGAACUGCGCCCACAGCUUCUGUCAGCACUGCAUCCGAGAGUGGAGAAAGCGCAAGGACAAAUGUCCCAUGUGCUGGCAGAACAUCACGUCUCAGACCCGCUCGCUGGUUCUGGACAACUGCAUCGACCGCAUGGUGGAGAACCUGAGCGCGGACAUGAGGGAGAGACGCCUGACGUUGAUCAGCGAGAGGAAAGGUCCAACGCCAAGCGUGUCUCCCGCCGUGGUCGUGAUCCACGACGACAGCAGCAGUGAUGCAUCCAUACUGAGCGACGGCUCCAUGCUCGGAACCCCCUCGGAGUCGGACUCCUCACUGGUGCGUUACCAUAGUGAUGAAGACUCGUCCUGGACUGAGGAGGAGGAUGAAGAUUAUGUUUGAGAAAUAAACAGACACUUAUGUAUGAACAACACAUGCACAGCUUUUCUGUUCCAUUUUCUUUGGCCAUCUAAUUUUUAUGUUUGUAGGUCACAGUAUUAUAAUUAUUAAGGGGGUUUUCGUUAAAUAAAGCAGCUUUGUCAUUGUUUUUGCUCUUGUUUGUUUUAAUAGCGAUUUACGAAUUUUCAUACAAUUCAUUUACCAAACUAUAUCUGUAUGUUAUAGGCCAAUAAAACACAA